AAACCCAUAUCGGCGGUCAUGCACAAACAGAACCAAAAUCCUUUGGUCGGAUUCUCAACAUUCGUGAAACCUUUGUGCAACGACUGUUUCUUAUUCAUUGAUCAAUCGGAAUCAUCAAUCGCAAAUAAAUAUCGUCCGAAGAGGAAUCACAUCUCAAAAUGGCCGACGGAGACAAGACGCAGGCGAGCAAGCCCGUCAAGGUGGUCAUCGUGGGCGCUGGCUACGUCGGCUCCACGACGGCCUACACCCUCCUGAUGAACCGGGCCGCCGCCGAGAUCGUCCUGAUCGACGUGGACAAGGACAAGACCGAAGGUGAGGUGAUGGAUCUCGUCCACGCCGCGCCCUUCCUGCACCAGACUCGCAUCUGGGCCGGCGACUACGAGGACUGCAAGGGCGCCUCGGUGAUCAUCCUGACCGCGGGCGCGAACCAAAAGCCCGGCCAGUCGCGCAUGGAGCUGGCGCAGAGCAACUGGGGCAUCUUCAAGGAGAUCGUGCCCAAGGUGGUGCAGCACGCAUCUCCCGACGCCCUGCUUCUCGUUUCGGCCAACCCCGUCGACGUCAUGACCUACGCCGCGGUCAAGUUCUCGGGCUUCCCCGCGCACAGUGUCAUCGGGUCCGGCACGUCGCUCGACUCGGCGCGGUUCGCCGGCGAGCUGGGCAAGCACCUGAACAUAGACCCGCGCAGCCUGCACGCCGUCGUCAUUGGCGAACACGGCGAGUCGGAGCUGCCCGUGUGGUCCCUGGCCACCGUCUCGGGCAUGCGCGUCGAGGACUACUGCAGGCAGACGGGCACGCCGUGGGACGAGGAAACCAAGAAGCAGUGUUUUGCAAACGUCAAGGAUGCGGCGGCUGCCAUCAUUGAGAAGAAGGGAGUCACGGGCUACGGCAUUGCGAGCGCGCUGUUGAGGAUUGUGGAGUGCGUGCGGCGAGAUGAGAAUACGCUGAUGCCCGUGUCGUGCGUCGGCUCGUAUGCCGGGGUGGACGAUGUCGCUUUGAGCGUGCCGCGCAAGCUGAACAGGUACGGCUGCAUGGAGUAUGUGCCGAUGAUGCUCAGCAAGGAAGAGGAGGGCAGCCUGAGGGCUUCGGCGGAAAAGGUCAAGGAGACGAUUCAGUCGCUGGAGAAGUCGUGAGGAUCUGCGUUUAACUGAAAGAAGCGGUGACGGCUCUAGAACCGUGUUUGAAGAAUAGCUUAUUAAUAGACGAAACGAGAUUAAUUUGAUAUAGGAAACUAAUCUUGGUAGGGAUGGCGCACUCCACAAAACUAAACCAUCACGUCUCUU